GAGCCCGCCCGCGGCUGGCGGCGGCGCGCGGCCGCGUCCCCGUGGCCGUGAAUGAGCGCGGGGGGCGGGAGCGGAGCGGGAGCGGGGAGCGGGCGGGCCGCGCUCCCACCGCGCUCCCACCGCGCUCCCACCGCGCCGCUCCGCCGCGCCCCACAAAAGUGCGGGGUUGCGGCGGCCCGGCCCAGCCCAGCUGCUUCCCGGGCCGGAGGGGGCGCGGAGCAGCCGCCGAGCCGAGCCGAGCCGCUGCGGGGGGCGCUGCGCCGCGCCGCGCUGGGGUUUUUAUUUCCAAUUUUUGAUCGCAGCUGCAUUUCCCUCCCCCCGCCCCCCCGCGCCGAGGAGGAGCCCCGGCUUUAUGUGGUGCUGCCCGGAGAGCGCUCGGCGGCCGUGAAGUUCUUUGUGUCGCCGUCGCCUUCUUUCUUUUUUUUUUUUUUCUUUUUUUUUUUUUUUUAAAUGUAUAACUUAAUGGGUCUGAACAGCACGGCCGUAGCUAUUCAGCCCAAUGUGUCCUGCACAUGCAACUGCAAAAGGUCUUUGUUCCAGAGCAUGGAGAUCAGCACUGAAUGUUUAGGUCGCACCUUUCCAGGUAAACUGGCGGAGUUGGAGUUUGUACAGAUAAUCAUAAUCGUGGUGGUGAUGAUGGUGAUGGUGGUGGUGAUCACAUGUCUGCUGAACCACUACAAACUCUCUGCGCGAUCCUUCAUCAGCCGGCACAGCCAGGGCAGGCGGAGGGACGAGAACCUCUCAUCAGAGGGAAGCCUGUGGCCUUCAGAAAGCACCGUCUCGGGGAAUGGAAUAACAGAGCAGCAAAUCUACACCCCGAGACCCAGCGACCGCCUGGCAGUGCCAUCCUUUCUGCAGAGGGACCGAUUUAACAGAUUCCAGCCAACCUACCCCUACAUGCAGCACGAGAUAGACCUGCCACCCACCAUCUCGCUGUCGGACGGCGAGGAGCCCCCCCCAUACCAGGGACCCUGCACGCUGCAGCUGCGAGACCCCGAGCAGCAAAUGGAGCUCAACAGAGAAUCGGUCCGGGCCCCCCCCAACAGAACCAUCUUCGACAGUGACUUGAUAGAUAACUCCGUGUAUGGGGGGCCGUGCCCCCCGAGCAGUAACUCUGGCAUCAGUGCGACCUGCUAUGGGAGCAAUGGUAGGAUGGAGGGACCACCGCCGACGUACAGCGAGGUGAUAGGGCACUACCCUGGGUCGACAUUUUACCAGCACCAGCAGAACAACAACGGGAUGCCCUCUAUCCUGGAGGGCAGCAGACUCCAUCAUUCACAAAUCAAUGGCCUUGAGAGCACAACCGCGUGGAACAAAGAGAAGGAGAAACAAAAAGGGCACCCCUUUUAAAAAAAAAAAAAAAAAAAGAAAAGAAAAAAAAGCAAGAAAGUAAAUGAAACACUCUGCACUUCUGGGUAAAAGAAAAAGGAGAGAGAGAGAGUUGAGGAAGAUGAGCAAAGAAAAAAAAAAGCCCUUCCCCAUCUCUCCAUGUAUAAAUAUUUACUUGUUAUGUCUGGUCUGAAUGCACAAGCCUACCAAGCUUGCAAAAACAUUUCUUUAUUGAGCUGUGUCUAGACGUUUAAAAAGGAAAAAAAAAAAUCAACUGUAGUCCAUUUUUUUUUUGUUUCUAGUUGAGCUGUGUGAAUGCUUUUUUUUUGUUUGAUUAUUUCACUUAUCUUUAAAGACAAAAUAUUUGCACAAAAAACAUUUUGUUUAAAGAUCUGCAAUAUAAAUAUAUAAAUAUAUAUUAAAAAUAAGAGAAAGUGUAUGUGUAAGGAGCAGGAGUAUUUUUGUAUUAGAAGAGGCCUAUUCAAAAAAAAAAAAGUUGUUUUCUGAACUAGAAGAAAAAUGGCAAUUUUUUGAGUGCCAACUCAAAAAGCGUGUAUUACAUUGUAAAAAAACAAAAAACAAAAAAAAUCAAAAGCAGGGGUUUAGAGUUAUUUAUAUAAAUGUUGAAAUUUUGCACUAUUUUUUAAUAUAAAUACGUCAGUGCUUGUGUUGGUCAAAGCCUCUAUCAUGUCUACCAUGAACCUGUUAAGGGAUAUAUGUCGAAGUGAAGAACAAAGUAGCUGGAGGGGGUGGAAAAACGCUGAAGUGGAGAUGCCAGCCUGGGGAGGAGCGGUGAGCAAGACUGCAUCUUAUGCAAAUCCUUAAUUUCCAGAGUCCCUGCGCGUGGCCGCUGACAGUCACGGCUUUAUACAUUCCCUACAAAGCAAGAGGAGUUGGUGUGUGUCUGUAUGUCAUCUGGUAGGAUUAUUGGAGUAAAAAGGUAAAAUAAAAACUCCCUGCUUCUGAGAGUCAGUAAUGGCUGAAGCAGACAAAAAUUACUUGAUUUUUUUUUUUUUUUUACAACCUCUAACUUUUUGGAGGGGGGGUGGUGGGGAUGAGAAUAAACUUCUGUGUCUGAAGGAACAAAGUGUUUUUUGGUUUAUUUCUUUCAAUGUUCAACUGGAGGGCCCUAUUUGGAGCUAAAACGGUGAUUAUGGAAGUUAAUGGGAGUAAAUGGUAAUGUACCCACUGGCUGCCUUUCAGCGGGGGUUUAAAUAUCUCAUGGAAAGUGUCGUGGUGGUGAAAGUAAUUUUCAUUUUGUAUUAACCUCCCAAACCUCUAUUUGGGAUAAACGGGCACAGCCGUGUCUCACAGCUCGCUGCCUCUGGCCAGCACUACUUUUUAUUUUACUAUCCUAGCUAAAGAGGCAUCAGAUACAGUAGAUGGAAAUUAAUCUGCUCCUGUGAUAUAUUAAUUAAAGGCUAAAGAAAUACGCUUAAUGCUUUAGAAGCAACCCCCCUUUACCUCUUCUGAAGAGCCCUCAUCCACAGCAGCACGGUCCCACCUGCCCUCCCGCCCGCCGGGUGUUGUGCGUCUUUUAAUUUAUCUUGGUUUUGGAAGCAUUUUGUCUUACUAUGCUAUUGUUUACAUUUUUAUAUUGUCUGGUAGGUGUUUUACCCUCAUGGUGAAUUUGUAUGUGAUGGAGUGAGAGAGUGAGAAACCGGAGAGCACGAGAGAGAGAAAGUAAAAGGGAAAAAACCUGCUCCCAGUCCUGUCUCCCGGCUGGGAGAGCAUCUCUCCGAAUGUUGGGAAGGGUCGGUAGGGGAACUACAGAGAGCGAAGAUUUUACAAGGGGGUGUGAUUUCAUUUUCUGCAGGAUGCUAUCUAGUAGAGUGACAUAAAUGAAAGAUAUAAAGGCAAUAACUAUUAUUUUUAAGCAACUUUUCUAUUACUUGAAAAAAAAAAAAAACAAACCAUGAGAACGGUUUUGAAGUUCUGACCAUUUGAACAAUAUUUAUAUAUAUUUUAAAGAAGAUGAUGAAUAGCUGAACUUGAAGUUUGAUCAUCAUUUUUGCUUUUUUUUUAUUUUUGCCUAGAAAUAGUUGUGUACCUUCUCAAUAUUUCAAACUGCUUUUCCACAGCUCUUGAAAUCUUCGUAGCUUUACAGUCAUGUACCCUAAAUUUUGAAGACCUAAAAAAAAAAAAAGAAAAGAAAAAAAAAAGUGCAAAGGAAUAAAUAGUUUGUCACGAAAAGGAAUAAUAGUUUGUCACGAAAGGUACAAAACUGAUGAGUUUAUACGAGUUUUUAAAAUGUAUCUUUCCUUUAUGUAACAUGUCUAUUUAGUGCCUUAUUAAAGAAACAGUAACCCUCCCUUUUUAGGGAGGGGGAAACAAAAUCAUCCUUAGCGUCACAAGUAACCAGCGUCUGGUCUCUUGCUCCUUUGGACCUUGCAUUCAAUUUUCCAGUCCCUUCUGUCCCCGGAGCAGCUCGAUGUGCCUGGCCAGGCAGGCUGCUCCCCCUGCCACCGCGCUCCCCCGGUCCCCAAGGGAACUUGAACACGUUUAUGCACAUUAUCCUACCUGCAGAGGUAGGAAGCUGUGGUGGAUAUUAUAAGUGAGGUACCAACCAAAAGAGAAACAAAUAUGAUAUCUACUGCCCUCUUGAGCCAAAAUGCGUGAAUAGUGUUGUUGGGGUUGGGGUGUUUGUUGUGGGUUUUUUGGGGGGUGGGGGGUGUUGUUCUGUGAGCUGAACUAGUUUGUUUGCAACAAAAAAAAACUGGUAACCUCAUCAGGUUUUGGGUGGAAUAUGCAUCACACAUUUAAAGCCAAGCAGUGAAUAUGGAGGUGUCAGUGUCAUGGGGACCGGAGGUUUGUUGAUAACCGGAUUGUCUUUGUCGUGUGGCAUUGCCUGGCCACCAAACCCCACGGGGAGCUCCGGGAGGUGGGGGGGUCUGGAAAGGUGCGGAGGGAUAGUGGGAGAGGAUCUAAAAAUGUAGUGCAAUUAAACCCAGCUCUCAUAUCCUCAAUAUUUCAACUGAUUCUCUGGGGUUUUUUCCCUGUUUUUUUUUUCUCUCUCCCCAGCCCACUCCUAGUGAGAGCUUUUAUUUCUCAAGCAUCACCCCAAGCAUCUGCAGUUGAGUGGUCAGUUGGUUGAGUUCCUGGGUCCAGUUUCAUUUACCUCUUUCUCAAGUUUGGGGGAUUUAAUGAGUAUGAAAUGAGGUGGCUCAUUGACACCAAAUUUCUGUUGCAAAGGAUGCCUUUCCGUCCCCGCCGUGCACAAACAUGCCAGGCUGCCACCUUUCCCACUGCCGGUGCAGUGCCCUGGGGGGGGAGCCGGGGUCCCAGGCAGCGGGUGCAGCUCGAGUCCACCUCGAUGGAGCCAAGUUGUCACCUUUUGUCUUUCUUCUGCCCAUCCCUCUGUUUUGCAGUCCCAAGAACUGUGUAUUUCGAGUGCAGAUACCAGAUCUGGGGCCCCGAUCAACUCCAAGUUCUGAAUGGGUGUUUAGAGAUAACGGUGUGUUCUUUUUUAUUAUUGUUGUUGUUGUUGCUGUUGUUAUUAUUAUUACUAUUUAAUGUUACUUUUUGGCCUCGGGGUCCAUUUCUUCCCAAUCCCCAUGUCCCCGUAUUGCCAGCGAGGCAGAGGAUUUGCGUUGCACACCCUUGCUGAUGUCUCUCCUCGUUUCCUUCUGGCCUUCGUGCAGCUCUGGAGAGGGCUGGGCUGGAAGCUGGGCUGCGGUCCUGCUCCGUAGGAGUCUCUAGCAUCUUGCAGCUGCCAGCAGGGACAUUCAGGCCCCUUUAGAACAAUUUAUUUUUAAACAAAUAGAGAAAAAACAAGGCAUUGCUAAUGCUUAGCAACCUCUUGUCCUAGCCUGCCUUUUUGCUCAAAAGUUUAAGUCAUGUUAGCUUUAAAAGGGGUUGUUAAUCUUAGUUUCUUGGCAUACAGUACGGCAAACAGCAUCCUUAUAGUGCCCCCAGAUAUUAACGGCCUGGGAUGAGAAUGUGGGUCAGGAUGGUGAGGAGGGAUGGGUUUCCUUUGGGGCUGACACUGGUAAAACUUGUGUUCCCUUCGCAACCCUCGAUUUCACCGGUUUGAAGAUUGAGCUUUACUAAUCUAGUGUGUUAUUUCCGCAAGUGUUACGAAAUUCAUUCUGUCUUAAGUGGGGGUAUAAGGAAAUCUCAUUGCUUUCUGGAGAAUCACCCUUUUUUAUGUGUAUUGAACUAUAAAAUUGCACUAAAACUGCUAUAUUAAAAACCAGAAAAAUAAAAGCCCAACAUUUUUACUAAGGAUUGGGAAAAGACGGAAUCCAGAUGUGUAGCAUUAAUAAUGCUAGGCGAUAACAGAAUGAAUUUUUAAUCUCUUCUGUCUCUGUAUCGCUCAGAGAUUUUCUAUGUACAACACAAAGCUAUAAAAAACAAAAAGUUUUCCAGAAACUGCGCUUCAAAUUUUUGCUGUACUAUAGAAGCUCAUGAAGGACAACAUUAAAGUCCUAAUUUGCCUGCCUUAUAGACACAUUUCAUUGUAUUAAUAUUUUCUUAAAAUUCCAGUUGCAUUGCGUUGGCUUUGGAGUUUGUUAUAGGCAGUCCUGUAUCCUGAGUUCUGUUCAAGUUUAAACUUAUGUAAACUAUUGACAGCACAUGCAAUGCAGUACUUAUCUAUAUUUUGCUGUUUUAGUAUGAAUAUGUACUCUGAUGCCAAUUUACAAAAAUCUGUUGUAAACGCUUAUUGUGUAACAGUAACCGAUAGUGGCAAUUAUAUGUCAUUCUAAAAGCUGCAAUACUUAUACAAUAAAUUUUACAAUACUUUGGAAAAUUUGCCUUCACCUUUUGCUUUGUUACCCAAAAAAUCGAAGUUUGCCAACACAAUGUAAUUUCAAAAGCUCUUCCAAUUAUUUUUUUUUAAUAUUGGAAAAUUAAUAUUCUCAGUUUUUUAUAUUUGUGUGGGUUUCCCCCUUCCUUGUUAAGUAGCCUUCUGAAUAACAGGCCAACCUCUAUAUUGACACGACAUGUUUUUUCCCAUGAAGCUGUAGCUGGUUCCUGGUGUAUUUGCAUGCUCGGUCCGUGUGUGCAUGUACGAUUCUGUUUUCUUUUGAGUAGACCAGGUGUCGCAGCUUUAAUCCCAGAAGAAGCAUUCCUGGUUUGCACCAAUAUGUCCAACACUUGCGCUCCUGCCUUUCAGCCAAGAACAUCACUGAUGGUCAGAAGGUCUUAACUUGAAUAACCAUCAAUCAACAAGAACUGCGUAGAUUGACCCAAAUCUAAGCACAGAUAAUUUGUGUGACUUUUUUUCUUUCUGAGACUGUGGUCAAAUUGCAGUGAUCACAUUAAAAUGAUUGAAAACUUAA